AUGAAGAUAGAAGAUGCUAUCCGAGCAAAUCUACAACUUGUACUGGAGAACAUACAAACUUUCAAAGUGAAAACCAUUGAGUACGUAGAUGAAGAAUAUAAAAAAAAUAACCUGGAACCAAUCAUCACGACAGUGGCGGAAGUGUUGGAAGACAUGCCGCUGACACAAGCAGACUUGUUAGUUAUUUCUGAAAAAACGUAUGAAAAUCUGUCUACUAAUAUCACUGUUGAAAACAAAUCGCUCUCGGGAGAAUCAAACGCCGUUAUAUUUAUCGGAGCCAAUCUUCUAAAAAGAGAUAAUGUUCUUCAAAAAGGUAUAACAACACUACGUGAAAAAUGUUUUAUCAUUAGUAGAGAAAAGGAGCGACCGGACCCAAAUCCUUGCUCUGAUAAAUAUGACAUCGUCUCUAUUCAUGACACUGGCAUGGAAUACAUUAUUCUUUUGAGGAAGAAAGUGAAAACGAAACCUGCUAAAUUUGUCAAGAUCACGGCAGAUGACCUCUCCUUCUCAUGGAUAGACAAAGUUAAAGAAGUGCUUAUAAAAAGUGAAAAGGUUGUUCUUUACUCUGAAAAGGAGCACAUAAAUGGUCUAUUAGGUCUUGUGAACUGUUUGAGACGAGAACCUGGCGGAGAAAUUGUAUGCGGUAUGCUUAUCGCUGAUUCCUCAGCACCACUCUUCAAUCCAGAUUUGGAAAUAUAUGAGAAACAGUUAAAUAAAGACUUGUCCAUCAAUAUUUUUCAAGAUGGUCAGUGGGGAACAUACCGUCAUCUUUUACUCGGUGAUUUAGACAUAGUACGAGUCUAUCAUGCUUUCAUCAACACUACCACUAUCGGCGAUCUCUCCUCUCUAAGGUGGCUCGAAGGACCAAUUAAACCUGGUCAAGUUUUCAAGAACCCAGAUAGCGUUAUGAUACAUGUGAUGAUAGGGCAGCUACAGCAUGGAGAGUCUAUACUGAUCCACGCUGGGUCCGGGGGCGUGGGUCAGGCCGCUAUCAAUGUAGCUCUUCACUACGGUUGCGAGGUGUUCACUACUGUAGGAAACGCUGAAAAGAGGGCAUUCAUCAAGAAACUUUUUCCCCAAUUAAAAGACAGUCAUAUUGGUAACUCACGUGAUACCUCAUUUGAAGACAUGAUACAUCGCGAGACUAAAGGCAAGGGAGUAGACAUGGUGCUCAACUCCCUCUCCGACGAGAAAUUACAUGCAUCAAUGCGCUGCCUCUGUUACCGCGGCCGGUUCUUGGAGAUCGGCGUAUUUGACAUCAAUAACAACACAGCCAUCAACAUGUACUGCUUCCGCAAGGAAAUCUCCUUCCACGGGAUUAUGUUGAACUACAUAUUCGAUCAAAGUGACGAUUUAAAGCAGAGACUCCAAAACCUCCUUCUAUUUGGUAUCGAGAGUGGUGCCGUGCGUCCUCUAACCUAUUGUACGUUUGAGAAGAAUCAAGUGGAGUCCGCAUUCCGAUACAUGGCUGCUGGAAAACACAUCGGCAAGGUAAUUAUAGCUCGAAAAUUAAAAUUAUUCUAG